AUGCGCAGAAUCCAUCUCGGUGUGCCGGAGAUCAUACACAAGUUGCAGCAGAUCAUCCCGUGGUCCGUGGAAGCACAUUACGUUCGGAGCACUCCACAUGGCUUGGGUCCUCGACUUCUGGAACCCCUGGUAUCGGAGCUGCGCUUCUCCAACACGACGGGGGCAUCGCUAAACUGCGCAGUCGUUGGACAGCCUCCGCCGAGGGUCACGUGGUUGCGCGAGGGUGCCGAAGUGGAGCCGCUUCAAGGACUCUUGCUCCCCCUUCCGAACGGCACGCUACGAUUCCCAUCCUUCGCAGCGUCACAGUUUCGCCAGGAAGUGCAUGGUGCCACAUACCGGUGCAGAGCUCAAAACGUUUUCGGGGCCAUCCUGAGCACGGAAGUGCGCGUGCGAGCAGUUGUGGAGCAAUACUACGAAGUGCAAGUGUACGAUGAAUUCACCAUCGCCGGAAACACGGCCGUUCUUCGGUGUCACGUGCCGUCCUUCGUGCGUGAUGACGUAAUCGUCGUCUCGUGGGAACAGAAGAAUGACGACAAGACCGACGUCGUUGUCAAUGGUGGUCGGAUCAGCGUGUUUCCUAGCGGAGAGUUGCAAGUGCGCCAGGUUCAACAGACAGACGCCUCCACCGAGUUUCGCUGUCGUACGUGGCACCGGCUAACCGGAGAAACAAAGCUCAGCUCCUACGGCAGGCUCGUAGUGACAGAUCUCAAAGUGAACGUGUCACCACGCAUUACAAACGUGCGAUCUUCUGUCGUCGCAAACGAAGGUGACUCUGUGGAACUACCUUGCGCAGCCCAGGGCUAUCCUCCACCGAAAUACUUAUGGGAGAGACUGACAACGAUGGACAACGCCAGCACCCUCAGUCCCGUCGUCGUGGGAAGCACGAGGCACGAAACGACCGAAGGGUCGCUGUUAAUCCGCAAGGUAGAGCUGCAGGAUGCCGGAAAAUACCUGUGCCUUGUCAGCAAUGCGGUGGGCGAGGAACGGGCCACCAUCACGCUCGACGUGCGAUCGCCUGUGGAGGCACGACUAGAACCCGAUGUGCUGACUGCUCAUGUUGGCCAGCCGGCAUCCCUGCGUUGCGUGUCGGCGGGCCGACCCCCACCCCUGAUCAGAUGGUUCAAGGACGCUCAGGAGCUGCUGGACGACGGGGUGCGUGUUCGCUUGCUCGAUGACCGACACCUCAUGCAACUGGCCACUGUGGCCACCCAGGAUGGCGGCAUAUACCAGUGUCUGGCCUACAAUGCUUUUGCCCAGGCGCAGGCAUCGGCACAGCUUAUCCUUGGAGACACCGCUCCUGUUCUACUGGAAUCGCCCAAGGAAUUCAAUGUUAAACCCGGCGACUCCUUGCUCCUCAAGUGCGAAGCCACGGGAUCACCGGCACCCAAGAUAACGUGGAGCGUCGACGGCAUCCUUGCUCGCCACAUGAAAUCUAGCAGAGUCAACAUCAGGGAGGCUUCUCACGGCGACAACCACCUGGCGAGUUAUGUGAACAUUUCUCGCAUCCGGACCGACGAGGCCGGCGUGUGGCGAUGCGUAGCCGUCAACUCGGCCGGCGUGGCAGAGGCGACUGCGCACGUAGCCGUGCUGGGAGCGCCCGCAGUGCGGCCCUUCGGAUCCAACCGCACCGCAGUGGCCACCGAAACGCUGGAGAUGCACUGCGCGCUGCUCACCUACCCACUCCGAUCUGUUCACUGGGAAAAGGACGGGCGUAAGCUACCCUUCCACCACCGUCAGAAGGUGUUUGCCAACGGCACCCUGCUCGUUCUGGCCGCCACUGUCCAGGACGCAGGAAAGUACACGUGCGUGGCAAAGGACGAGGAAGGACAGAAAGCCAGUGCCAGCCUGCACGUCGCCGUUAAAGGUAGGCACUGGUUGGCAACAUUGAAGGGGAUUGGGCAAUGGGCAGCAGUUGUUGAGUGCCACUUGCCUCCGCUGAUCGAGCGAUUUGCCUUCGACGAGAACCUGCACGAGGGCAUGCGCACUCGAGUCUACUGCAACAUCGCUCGCGGUGACCCGCCUGUGCGCAUCACGUGGCUGCGAGACGGACAGCCCAUCAAAUCCGGCCCCGACAUCGAGGUCCGCGUGCUCGACCCAUUCUCGGUCGCGCUGGCCAUCGACAGCCUCAGUCCGAGCCACGACGGCAGCUACACAUGCGUAGCCUCGAACACUGCGGCCACGGUCAACUACACGGCGUCGCUGAGGGUCCACGUUCCUCCGCACUGGAUCAAAGAGCCAGCGGACACUUCAGCCGUGGAGGGCCACAGUGCGAGCAUGGACUGCGUUGCCGAUGGCCACCCAACACCGAGGGUCACGUGGCACAGAGGAGUCGAACCAAGCGCCACGGAAUAUCGACAGAUCCUGAGCGGCCCCGACUACCAAGUUUUCGAGAAUGGAACGCUACGCUUGGCACAAGUGCGAGUAUCAGACCGGGGUGCGUACCUGUGCGAAGCCAGUAACGGCGUCGGCACUGGACUCAGCACGGUGAUCACGCUCAACGUCCAUGUGCCAGCGCGCUUCAACGAGUCCUACCGGAACCAGACCGUGCAGCGGGGUCACAGCGUCGGCCUCGAGUGCAGGGCCUCCGGCGAUGCGCCCAUCACCAUCAGCUGGAGCCGCAACGGACGUCGGCUGGACACUCACAAAUUGUGCGUUGCAUUUCUUUUUCCAAGCACACACAAGCUCUUCGCGGCGUCCCUCACCCCAACAACGGCCAUGCCAACUCACCACAGGCAAGGCUCGCGCGUCAAAAACAAGUCACUGCCGGACGGGCUCGUUUCCACUCUGUCGCUGCCCGGGGCACAGCGGGAGCAUUCUGGAAUAUACGUGUGCGAAGUGGCCAACAACUACGGCCAGGACGAGAAGCACAUCCGGCUCAUCGUGCAAGAACCACCAGAAGCUCCUACUGGUUUCAACGUGACCAGCGUCAACAGUCGUUCAGCUAGCCUCACGUGGAGAGAGCCGUACAAUGGCAACAGUCCCAUCCUGUCCUAUCUCAUACAGUACAAGAACGCCUCUGCGAGUUGGUCGGCGGACGCGGCCCCGUGGGUACGCAACGUGAGCGCGGGCCGCGACCAGACGUCGUGGACAGUGCGCAGCCUACAGCUAACCUCCUACCACCUGAGGGCAGCCGCGGUCAACGCGCUGGGCGUGGGGCCCUUCACCGAGCCGCCAUUGCUGAUCACCACAGACGAGGAAGUUCCUGGGGGUCCGCCAACACAUGUUUACGCCCAUACAUUAGGACCACAGUCCCUUAAAGUCACUUGGAAGCCUCCGGUCCCCGAACUUCGUCACGGCAGCAUCCGGGGCUACUACGUGGGCUACAAGCUUCACAAUUCGAGCGAUCUGCACCUCUACAAGACCGUCGAGAACAGGGGACAGGGGGACGAAGCGCCCGGCGAGUGCGUUCUCAACAAUCUGCGCAAGUUCACCCAGUACAGCGUCCUGGUACAAGCAUACAACGCCGUGGGCGCCGGACCGCGUUCGGACGAGGUCGUCGUCUACACCGCGGAAGACGUGCCUCAGGUGGCCCCGUCGGGCGUCCAUUGCUCGGCCAGUUCGGCCACGAGCCUACGAGUCUCAUGGGCAGUGCUGCACGAGAAGAGUUUGGACGGCCUCCACAAGGGCUACCGCGUCCUCUACAAGAUGAUUGACCAUAGUUUUUAUGGAUCGGAACAAGUCGAGACGGCGCCAUCCCAGGCGAGGCCUGCAUGGACCGAGCGCGAUGUGUCUUCUGAAGUCACGUCGGUAGUGCUGGGCGGCGUAGAGCCUUUCCGCAACUACAGCGUCCGCGUAGGCGCUCGCACUGGCGCCGGCACGGGAGCAUUCAGCGAGCCAGUACACUGCAGCACACCCGAGGACGGUAAGAUUGCGAGCGCAUUAGUGCCGGAGGCACCCGCGGACGUCAAGGCCCUGGUUCUGGCACCGGACACCAUUCUGAUCAGCUGGCUUCCACCACGCAAGGCAAAUGGCGUUCUCCAGCGGUACGCUGUGUACAGCCGGGUGCAUGCCCACGCGCCCUACCAGCAGCUCUGUGCACGCCGGGAGAUCUUGGGGAAGAUCUUGGACAAAAGGAGGGCAAUGAGUUUACGGGGUGUUACGUAUCAAGACCACGACAUAAUUACAAGUUCCCACCUGAAUGCGGCCAUCGUCGCCGGGAAGCGAAUGCGCGUCUUCGAGCUUAACAGCGCGACAGCUUACCUGGAUGAGUGGGAGGCUGCCAUGUGCAGCUCGGCGCCCGAGGUCAAGGACCAGAUCCUGGAUUGGGUCAAGAGGCAGGUCUCAGGCGGUGUGCCGGCGCGACCGGUGUCCGUGCCGUCAUCCCAGUUCUGGCACGAGACCCGCGGCUUGCGCACGGGGCAGCGCUACGAGUUCUGGGUGACCGCGUCCACGGGCGCCGGUGAGGGACCGGCCACGCGCAUCAUCACCCAAAGUCCGGAAGUACGGGCUCCCGCACGCAUAGCGUCCUUCAGCCGGGAGGUGAGUGUUGUCCUGAAGCAAGACCUGGAGCUGCCCUGCAGGACAGCGGGACAACCGACGCCAGUGAGGGAGUGGCGGACAAGUUCCGGUCCCAUGCGGGAGAGCGACCGUAUUCGAGUGCUGCCCUCGGGAACCCUGCACAUCGAGGCCGCCGACACAACUGACGCCACCAACUACACCUGCCACGCGCACAACCUGUACGGAAGGGACGCUGUCCACUACACCGUCCGAGUGCACGCUGGCCGCCCUUCAUUAUCCUAG